CUCCCCCCGAUACAUUAUCUGGAUGGAGAGUUUGAUGCAUGAGGCGAAGCUGUAUGAGCCAACAUGCGUCUAGUCAUGUCAAGAAUGAGGAAAGGCGUUCAAGUUGCGAAGUGAACAAGCCCACAGGGAGCACAGACGACCCAUGUCAAGUCGGAUCUGUUAUUCUCCAGCCAUGGCAGCUUUUGUACACCAUCUAGUGAUACUGUUUCUACUUUUGUUAUCGGCAGCAAACGUUUUCGGUUCCAACAUCUGCACAUCGCAAGGAGUCACCACAUGUCAGCGGUGCUUGGCUGUCCACCCUCUCUGUGCGUGGUGCUCUCAGGAGGAGUAUGGGAAGGGGGGAUCCGGUGCGUCCCGCUGCGACCUGAAGCAGAAUCUGCUGGAAGGAGGGUGCAGUGCGGAUGCUGUCGAGUUUCCCUCCAGCACCCUGACUAUCCAGGAGGACAAACCACUCAGCGACAAGGCCUCGGGCGCGGCUGACGAUGUCACACAGAUAAAGCCUCAGAAGCUCCAUAUGGCACUUAGACCAGGAGAUUCAAAGCGUUUCACGGUGUCAGUGAAACAGGUAGAAGAUUACCCAGUGGACCUCUACUAUCUCAUGGAUCUUUCCUUUUCAAUGAAGGACGACUUGGCUCGCCUUCGCACCUUGGGCAGCGAGCUCGCCGCCACCAUGGGCCGCACCACAAGCAACCUACGCAUGGGCUUUGGAGCCUUUGUGGACAAGACCAUCUCCCCUUACAUGUACACCUAUCCUCCAGAGGCAGUGACGAACCCGUGCUAUGGAAUCGGUACGACAUGUCUGGCUCAAUUCGGGUUCAAGCAUGUGCUGUCACUGACGGAGAAGGUGGCUCGCUUCACUGAGGAGGUUGAGAAACAGAAGGUGUCCAGAAAUAGAGACGCUCCAGAGGGUGGAUUUGAUGCUGUCAUGCAGGCUGUGGUGUGCAAGGACAGGAUCGGCUGGCGUCCGGAUGCCUCACACCUUUUGGUAUUCACCACUGAUGCCAAAACUCACAUCGCCCUGGAUGGACGUAUAGCUGGAAUUGUCCAGCCCAAUGACGGACUAUGUCACCUGGAUAAUGAGAAUGUCUACAACAAAUCUACUGUGCUGGAUUAUCCGUCUUUAUCACUCAUGACAGAGAAAAUGUCUGAAAACAACAUCAAUUUAAUUUUUGCCGUGACCAGCUAUGUGGUGCCGCUUUACCAGGCGUACAGUCUGCUAAUUCCGGGCACAACUGUGGGAACGCUGUCCGAUGACUCUGGGAAUGUUAUUCAGCUCAUUCAGGACGCUUAUGCGAAAAUCCGCUCUAAAGUGGAACUGGAGAUACUGGGAGUCCCAGAAGAGUUGAAUCUCUCCUUCAAUGCCACUUGUCUAAAUGGAGAGGUCAUCCCUGGACUCAAGUCCUGCUCUGGCCUCAAGAUUGGAGACACAGUGUCGUUCAACGUGGACGCUCAGUUGCGUGGCUGCCCCAAAGACAAGAGCAGCACUUUUACCAUCAAACCUCGAGGCUUCAAGGAUUCCCUGGAGGUCACGGUGGACUUUGCCUGUGGCUGCGAGUGUGAGGCGGAGGCGGAGGCCAACAGCCCCGUCUGUAACAACGGCAACGGGACCUACGAGUGCGGCGAGUGUCAGUGCCACCCGGGUCGUCUGGGCCCGCGAUGUGAGUGUUCAGUGGAGGACUACAGUCCGUCUGAUGAUGUCAACUGUAGGCCAAAGCCAGGGAGCCCAAUCUGCAGCGGGAGAGGCAACUGUUUGUGUGGACAGUGUUCCUGCCAUGAAAAUGAGUUCGGCCAGGUGUGGGGCAAAUAUUGCGAAUGUGACAGCUUCAACUGCUUGCGCUUCAAAGGGGUGCUGUGCUCUGAUCAUGGGAAGUGUAGCUGUGGCAUCUGUCAGUGUGACGCUGGCUUUAAAGGAGAAAACUGUAACUGCUCCACACGCAUAGACCCCUGCAUGUCCAGCAUAGGCAUGCUGUGCAGCGGCAGGGGUAGCUGCCAGUGCGGUGUUUGUCAAUGCACUCAGCCUGGCGCCUACGGAGACACCUGUGAGAAAUGCCCAACGUGUCCUGAUUCCUGCACUAUAAAGAAGAAGUGUGUUGAGUGUCAGCACUACAAGAGAGGACAGUACACCGAUGACAACAGCUGCAGUAGAAUCUGCAGAGAUGAGAUUAAAGUGGUGGACGAGCUGGUUGUCCACGAUAGCAAUGCAGCUGCAGUGAACUGCUCAUACAAAGAUGAGGACGACUGCGUGGUGCACUUCCAGUAUUACGAAGAUCAAAGUGGCAGAUCCAUUCUUUAUGUGGUAAAAGAGCCAGAGUGUCCUCAGGGUGCUGACGUCUUGGUGGUGCUCUUGGCGGUGACCGGAGCCAUUCUGCUACUGGGCCUUAUCGGCCUGCUCAUCUGGAAGCUGUGGGUCACCGUUCACGACCGCAGAGAGUUCGCCAGGUUUGAGGAGGAGAGAGCCAAAGCCAAAUGGGAUACGGCUAACAAUCCUUUGUAUAAAGGAGCCACCUCCACCUUCACCAACGUAGCGUACCGAGGCAACUAACGACUGAAUGCAAAGAGAAGAACUCAGGGGUCAACGACAGAGAUGGAAUGUAGUAAAAGAGAAAUGGAUGGAAAGAUCCAUCACUGUAGCUGAAACACAGUUAAUGCUGUCAACAACAUGGUGUAAUAAUUGUACAUAUUGUAAAAAAUAACUCAAACUGGUGAUGUCAUAGACGCUUGCCUGCUGUUAGUCUUCCUGUUUUUACACGAUGUCAUGUAAUAAGUUCUGUACAUGUCUUUAACAUAAACAGCUGCACUGUAAGGGGCCCGGCCGCCCACAGGCCGUCCCUCGUGUGGGCUUUUUAGGAGGCUCUUCUAUCACCGCAAUAUUUGUUGUUUAAAUUUUUUUUAGAAUUACUUUUUAGCUUGGCUCACAUUUUAAAAUAUAUAUAUAGGAAUUACCGUGACCUAAUAGUAACAAGAAAAUACUUAAAUUAAUGGACCAAUGACCAAUUCGUGUUUGUAGUGAUGAAAUCCCCUUCUCCAGCCUCUAGGCUGACUUAGUUUACAGUGAUGUUUGUGGUCUAAAUUGUUUUUGAAAUGCAUAUUCAGCAAUGUACUUUGUUUAAUCCCUGCCCCAUCACCUGGUUUUGUGUUUGUUUGUUUUUUUAUUCUUGCAAAAUAGUGAUCUGUCCUGCCAUUGCUGAACUGUACAUGAUUUUUGUUUUCUACUGACCAGCACUAUGUGAAACUACAAUGUCACGCUGUUUAUUUGUGUAUAUGAGAUAAGAAGAGAGAAGGUUUUUAUUGCACAUCAAAUGAUUUUUGCCAUAAUGCAUAGUAGUUGGUUUUAUUGCACUGUUUUUAGGGGUUUGGCUAUUGUUUGUUACACAGAGGAAAUGUAUAAAGAUGAAUUAUAUCUGACUUGGACAACUUUUGUAUGAUGCUUGACAUAUGGGUUCCUUUAAACAAAUGUACAAAGCUACUUUUAACUUUUAUUAAGAUCAGACUUAGACAAAAUCCUUUGAGAAAUAUGUUUCAAAUCCAAAACAAUACAUUUUCAAUUGAUGUCUUCUUUGAUUCAUAUGUCACAGAAGUGUCAUAUUAAAGAAACUAUUGAGGAUUAGUUAGCUAAGUUCUUACAUUCAAUUCAAGCACGCUCACUGUGACAGGGCGAGAAUUUCCUUUGACCGCAUAGUUUUGCCAUCUAGUCUAUCAAGUCAUGGAAUAUUUCUUGUUGCAUGGUCCAUGUUAUCAAACACAGGCUGCUUUUUCCCCUGUCUGCUCUUGUGCAUUUCUCUUGUCACCACAUCCUGUUCAUCACACCAGCCUGAUGAGUCCAGUUAAUAUGUGCUGCAUCCAGUUGUUUGUAUGCAGUCUGUUGGCACUUCAGUUCCCCUUGGAAAUAAAAAAAGUACAUUCAUCACAA